AUGCUUGCGACACAGUUUCGCGACACGGAGCACUCGUUGUGGCGUUUGGAUAGGCCAAGCCAACCUCUACGAGGACUACCAAGCCCACGCAUGUCUACCCUCUUUGCAUCUUCUCUGUCAUCAAGGCAGUCGGGAUGGCAGUCACGGUAUCCCGACCAACAGUCAGACGAGAGCCCAAAAUUAGAAGUCCGCUUGUCGCCGUCCGCCAUGGAAGAGAAAACCGCAGCGAUCCCUGACCUGGAGAGCAGCCAGCCUCGCGUCUCGUCCUUCUCAGGCGCAAUUCUUCCACAACCAAUCGCUUACAAAGCGUCACUCUCUGAGCGAAGUGCCCGGGCACUUGUGCAUGGCGACGAUUCUAGUUCUGGGGGUAAUCUGCCAGAACGUGAUGAAUCAGGAGGGAUCAACGUAGCCCCAAGGAUCGAAACAAGUCUUAAAGACGAUGAUGAUUGCAUGGACGACGACGAUCUCUUCGACGGUGAAAGCGAGCACUCACAGCGACUACGGUCCGCUUCGGAGCGAGUCGCCGCACGUCGGAAAAUGAAGCGAUUCAGACUUACUCAUCAACAAACCCGUUUCCUCAUGAGCGAAUUCGUUAAACAACCACACCCAGAUGCGGCACACCGUGAUCGAUUGUCCAGGCAAAUCCCUGGGCUAAGCCCACGCCAGGUACAAGUCUGGUUCCAAAACAGACGGGCCAAGAUCAAGCGUCUAAAUGUGGAAGAUCGGGAUAGGGUCAUCCGGAUGAGAGCCGUCCCGGACGAGUUCGAUACCGUACAAGCGUUACACUCACCCUACGGAGCCGUCCAUGGCUAUGCUCAUUCCCUAUCAACAUCUCCAGAUCUCGGUCAACAAGGCUAUAACCGGGGAUUGAUGGCCAGGCAAUUGAUGGUAGAUGUACGGCGUUCCAAUUUGGAGGGAAGAACAUCCCCAGGCCUCACCCCACCCUUCGACAGCGUAGGAUUCAGCAACGGGGCAGGGAAUUCAGACGUGGCCUCGAAUCUUUCUUCUAGCUCUAGCGAGAGGUUCCCCUAUUAUAUCACAUCGUCAUUGGGCGCCAACUCUAGAUUGUCGACUCCGUUCCAAGGGAUUCGCCCCCUGCCUUCUCCUCACUUCAGGGACUCGGCUGCUCGUCCCAGAGCCGACUCUGCUCACUCAUCCAUGGCUGAUUGCCAGCAACCCAUAUAUCCAGCGCCGAGCAGUGGCUACGACGGCGAGUAUUAUCCUGGAAUUGGGCUCGACAGCAGAACUCGAUUCACCCCAGCUACAACAUUCUCAGCAGGUCUUGAACCGGGCAACCAAUACCGACCAGAUGGCCCUUCAUCAACUGAGACCGCGGGACUCUCAGGCCAGGAUCGCAGUGGCUCUCACCAAUACACGAACCCUUCGAUGUACCCUACAAGUUACCCCCCGCCCCAAAUUCCGGACUCAAACGGUCUCAUCACGCGGUCAUCCCGGGACAGCUCCCCAUACCAUUCUCUCCCGACUGCCCAGGCUCUGGCUGCCGCGAGCUACCAACAACAUGGCCGUUCUAACCCUCCGCUAGGCGGAUAUUAUGAGCCAACCGUAUUGCCAUACGCCAACGAUUAA